UUCUUAGUCCUCUGGCUGUAGAGUUAAAGGCAGAGGGGGGGGGAAGCAGUUCUGGAGGUGGAGCUACCAUUUGUUUGAGUAACCAUGUCACCCACUGAGGCUAAGCUUGGUCACGAGCCACCCAGGGCUGUGGGAUUAACAAAGAAAGUGAAGGAAGAGAUACUCAUACCCUGUAUGUUAGAUGCAUAUAAAACUAGAUCUGAAAGAGAUCUUAUGGAUUAUUAAGUCCAAAAACCCUUGUUUUUACACAUGGGGAAACCAGCAGACUCACACUGGGGUCACCUGGUCACUUGAACAGAAGCCUCCUGCCUCCUCCACGUCCCACACUGCCUGUGCUCAGGGUCUCCAGUGAGGUUUGCAUUCAUAGACAGGACCACAGACAUGAGGGACUCACUGUUCGGGAAGGUGGGGCCAGGGUCUGGUCAAGCAGCUGAGCGGGAGGACCCUGAAGCCAGGAUACACAAGGUGUCUGGAAAGAGCAAGCCAGUGGGUGGCUGACUCCGCCCCACCACUUUCCCAGCUCCGUGUGGCCUGGGCAAGUCGUGAAAGCCCUCGGAACUACGGUUUUCUCAUCUAUGAAAUGGGAGCAAUCCUACAUUCCUACAGUGUGUUUGUGAGGAUUGAGUGGAGACUAUGCUACAAGAGCCUGGCAAAUGGUAAAUAUUGAGCGUUCCCUUUCCUUCAUGGAAUGUCGUGACCCAGGGAGUCAGGCUUCUGGCCACUAGAGGGUAGCAGACGGGUACUAGUCAACUGGAUCGAGGGUAUGGAGCUCAGAAGGGAGACCUGACAGAGAAAUAAACACUGCCAUGCGGAUUCCAGCACCUGCAGCAGCCCCGAGGCUCCGAGGGCUCGGGCAGGGGCUUAGGGACAGCCAGGCCUCUCCAGAAAUGGCUGCAGCAACCCUGGGGUCGGCAAAGCAAGCCAAGACGUGACCCCCCAAAGUAGAUGCCAGUGGGGCGGGUCCUAUGGGGACUUUGAGGACAUUGGGGCCCUGAGGCUAGACUGGCAGGCACAGCCCCCACCCGGUAUGAGCCCAUGAAUAUUGCCUAGAUCUGGAGCGGCUUCCAGCCCAAAUCCUGUGUGUGGUAGGAGAACUCCCUGAGCCAUACUCUCUGGUCUCCCUGGGCCCUGUUGUCCCCUCCCUGGGGACCAGCAGCCUUCUGACCCAGUUCUACUGGGUUCCCUUCCCCCUUCCCCUCACAGCCCAUCCCUGGCCUGGCCCCCCAGAGGAAUUUCCUGCGCCUGGAGGACGGCCGAAAGUACAGAUGCCCACCCCAGCGACGCUCCUGCCACCCGCCCAGGCCAGUGCCCUGUGCCCAACCCCAGAGGGUGCGGGAUGACAGACUCUGACAAUCAUUAAACCAGCUGGGCCUGAUUUCCCAGCACCGCCUGCUAGGAUCCGGGCCAAGUGGCACAACAUAUGCAAAUCACCUGGGGCCAGAAGCCCAGUCUAAAGGCCAGGAAAUCCCCUCCGUCCAAUGAGCCACCAGCUCAGGUUACCGCCAGGCGCACUAUAAAGGCCUGGGCUCGGGGGAGGAGCUCCCACAGGCCUCUAUUUAGGGCCAGUGGCGGGGGGAGCGCGGGCCAGACACCUCGGAGCUACCUGUGGCGGCCUUUAGCCUCCUGGAUUCCUCGCCUGCUGUCCCUUAAUCCUGCCUGCCUGCCACACCCACACCGCACCACUCAGGUAGCCUCAUGGCUGCAACCUGUGAGAUUAGCAACGUCUUUAGCAACUACUUCAGUACUAUGUACAGCUCGGAGGAACCCGCUCUGGCUUCUGUCCCCGCUGCGGCCACCUUCGGGGCCGAUGACCUGGUGCUGACCCUGAGCAACCCCCAGAUGCCACUGGAGGGCACAGAAAAGGCCAGCUGGUCGGGGAAGCAGCCCCAGUUCUGGUCAAAGGCCCAGGUUCUGGACUGGAUCAGCUACCAAGUGGAGAAGAACAAAUACGACGCCAGUUCCAUUGACUUCUCACGGUGUGACAUGGACGGGGCCACGCUCUGCAACUGUGCCCCCGAGGAGCUGCGUCUGGUCUUUGGGCCUCUGGGGGACCAACUCUAUUCCCAGCUGUGGGACCUCACUUCCAGCUUUCCUGAUGAACUCAGCUGGAUCAUUGACCUGCUGGAGAAGGACAGCAUGGCCUUCCAGGAGAACCUGGGCCCCUUUGACCAGGGAAGCCCCUUCAGCCAAGAGGUUCUUGAGGAGGGCCGGCAGGCCAGCCCCUACUUCCCCGGCAGCUAUGGCACUGGGGCCCCCUCCCCUGGCAGCUCCGACGACGUCUCCACUGCAGGCACUGGUACUUCCCAGAGCCCCCACUCCUCAGACUCCGGUGGAAGUGACGUGGACCUGGAUCCAACUGACAGCAAACUCUUCUCCAGGGACGACUUUCCUGACUGUAAGAAGGGGGAUCCUAAGCACGGGAAGCGGAAACGGGGUCGGCCCCGAAAGCUGAGCAAAGAAUCUCGGGAGUGUCUGGAGGGCAAGAAGAGCAAGCACGCCCCCAGAGGCACCCACCUGUGGGAGUUUAUCCGGGACAUCCUCAUCCACCCGGAGCUCAAUGAAGGUCUCAUGAAGUGGGAGAACCGGCAAGAGGGUGUCUUCAAGUUCCUGCGAUCAGAGGCCGUGGCCCAGCUUUGGGGCCAGAAGAAAAAGAACAAUAGCAUGACUUACGAGAAGCUGAGCAGAGCUAUGAGGUACUACUACAAACGGGAAAUCCUGGAGCGGGUGGACGGCCGGCGGCUGGUCUACAAGUUUGGCAAAAACUCGAGUGGCUGGAAGGAGGAAGAGGUUGCUGGGAGUCGGAACUGAGGGUCCGACUAGACCCAGGACCAAAUGCACGGACUUGAGGACUGCGGCCUCUCCCGGGAAGACCAGUGGGCCCCCCCGCCUUUGGGCAUGCUCUGGCUGUGCUGUGGAGACAAGCUGAGGCUCCGGUGUCCUGUCAGCCAUCGUCCUGGAUCCGGGGCUUGCAGCCUCUCCUCUCUGCCCUGUUCUUGGAAUUACAAGCCCUGGGGCUUGAGGCGACCUGUCUCACUGACUUGUCUGCAAGUGCAGCUUCUUCUACCUGGUGCCUCCUCAGACCCAACCCAGACACCAGCCACGGACAGCACCUUCCUCCUCCAGAUGCCUGGACUGAGCCGAGGAGGUCAAGGGAAGCACCAGGGGUGCUGUGAGAGAGGGGACGGGACAGAGUCCUCCUGAACCCACGUUCUGGACUGCCUUCCACCUCCGUGCUUGGACUCCGCAGGCAGGGGUCAGAGCACUUCCUAAUUUAUGUGCUAUAAAUACGUCACAUGUACAUAGAGAUCUAUUUUUUCUAAGACAUUCCCCUCCCCGCCCCUUUCCCACCACGUGUUAGUGGCCAGACUUGACUAUUCUAGGCCCUUGGCCAGGCCAAAGAGGGGCAGAGAGAUGCCGGGCCCCUCAGGAUGGGACUCCUGGCUCCUUUUUCCUGUGAAUGGAGGUAGAGACCUCCAAUAAAGUAUCUUCUGGGCUUUUUCUAA